CUUUCAACUGAAAUAGAGUGAGGGGGAAACGGCUCGGUAGCAGCCGGCCAGGGAGACGUCCAGUGGAAAAACUCACACAGAGCCCGCCAGCCUGACACACUUUUCAGUUGGCCGUCAGCGGCUGUGUUGACUUUGUCACAUUGUUAGUUUGGUUUCUCGCUCAAAUAGAAGCCGCAUUUUUUUUUUAAUAUUCCAAAUCAGGCCGAGUAAUAUCGGAUGUGAUGUCCAGCUCGCCGCUGUCCAAGAAGCGUCGCUUGUCAGGAACAGAGACGAAGACGGGAUCCCACUGCUCCUCCUCAAACUCUGUCAGAACUGAUCUGUCCCAUACACCUGCAAACGGCAUGGCUAAGAAUGGGAAUGAUGCUGAGAUUGACGAAGGCCUGUACUCCAGACAGCUAUAUGUGCUGGGCCAUGAAGCAAUGAAGCGCAUGCAGUGCUCCAAUGUCCUAAUUUCUGGUAUGAGGGGACUUGGAGUUGAGAUCGCCAAGAAUGUCAUCUUGGGCGGGGUGAAAAGCGUCACUGUGCACGACGAAGGAGUCGCAGAAUGGAGAGACCUUUCUUCUCAGUUUUACCUUCGUGAGGAGGACCUGGGAAAGAACAGAGCAGAGGUGAGCCAGUCUCGUUUGGCUGAACUCAACAACUACGUUUCCGUGACGGCAUAUACCGGAGCGCUCACUGAAGACUACCUUACCAAGUUCCAGGUGGUAGUGCUAACCAACUCCAGCCUAGAGGAGCAGCAGCAUCUGGGGGAGUUCUGCCACACCACAGGAAUCAAGCUGGUUGUUGCAGACACGCGCGGUCUGUUCGGCCAGCUUUUCUGUGACUUUGGAGAGGAGAUGGCAGUGUACGACACCAAUGGAGAACAGCCCUUGAGUGCUAUGAUUUCCAUGGUCACCAAGGACAAUCCAGGUGUUAUAACUUGUCUUGAUGAGGCUCGUCACGGCUUUGAGAGUGGAGACUAUGUGACGUUCACUGAGGUUCAGGGCAUGACCGAGCUCAACGGCUGUAAGCCUGUGGAAAUUAAAGUUCUUGGCCCAUACACUUUCAGCAUCUGUGACACAACUGGCUUUUCAGACUAUAUCAGAGGAGGAAUUGUCUCCCAGGUUAAGAUGCCCACGAUAAUCCGUUUUAAAUCUAUCACGUCGUCCAUGGCUGAACCAGAAUUCAUGAUGACAGAUUUUGCCAAGUUUGAUCGUCCAGGUCAGAUGCAUAUAGGCUUUCAGGCUAUCCACGCCUUCCAGAAGAAACAUAGUCGCCUUCCAGCGCCUUGGAGCCAGGCUGACGGUGAUGAGCUAUUGACUCUGGCCAAAGAGCUGAACUCUGCCCAGACAGGGUCUGCCAAAGUGGAGCAACUGGAUGAGGCUCUUAUCAAAAAGAUGUCAUAUCUCGCUGCUGGUGAUCUUUCCCCCGUCAACGCCUUCAUCGGUGGAGUGGCUGCGCAGGAAGUGAUGAAGGCAUCCACGGGGAAAUUUAUGCCUGUAAUGCAGUGGCUGUACUUUGAUGCUCUGGAGUGCCUUUUUGAAGGAGAAGAAGUCUUGCUCACAGAGGAGGAGUGCCGCCCUAGGGAUUGUCGGUAUGAUGGUCAGAUCGCCGUGUUCGGCGAAAAGCUGCAGAAAACACUUGGCAAACAGCGCUACUUCCUGGUUGGAGCUGGAGCCAUCGGCUGUGAGCUGUUGAAAAACUUCGCCAUGAUCGGACUGGGCACUGAGGGCGGAGAGGUUAUCGUGACUGACAUGGACACCAUCGAGAAAUCCAAUCUCAACAGACAGUUCCUCUUCAGACCCUCUGAUGUCACGAAAAUGAAAAGUGACACAGCAGCUGCUGCGGUGAAGCAGAUGAACCCCUCCAUCAAGAUCACAGCCCAUCAGAACAGAGUUGGUCCAGAGACGGAGAGAGUCUACGAUGACGACUUCUUUGAAAAUCUAGAUGGAGUCGCCAAUGCACUGGACAACGUCGAUGCGCGUAUGUACAUGGAUCGGCGGUGCGUUUACUACCGUAAACCCCUGCUGGAGUCGGGUACUUUGGGCACCAAGGGCAACAUUCAGGUGGUGAUCCCCUUCCUCACAGAGUCAUACAGCUCCAGCCAAGACCCACCUGAAAAGUCCAUCCCCAUCUGUACCCUGAAGAACUUUCCAAAUGCAAUCGAACACACACUGCAGUGGGCCCGGGAUGAGUUUGAGGGACUCUUCAAACAGGCACCAGAAAACGCCAUGCAGUACCUCACAGAUCCUAAGUUCAUGGAGCGAACUCUGAAGCUUCCAGGAGCUCAGCCUGUGGAGGUGCUGGAGGCUGUGUACAAGAGCGUCGUCACAGACUGCCCACACAGCUGGGCCGACUGCGUGGCCUGGGCUCGCAACCACUGGCAGUGCCAGUACAGCAACAACAUCCGUCAGCUAUUGCACAACUUCCCCCCAGAUCAGCUCACCAGCUCAGGCGCCCCCUUCUGGUCUGGCCCAAAGAGAUGUCCUCACCCCCUAGAAUUCAGCACUAGCAACGACCUUCAUGUGGAUUAUGUAGUGGCAGGUGCGAACCUGUUUGCCCAGACGUACGGUCUGAAGGGGAGCACUGACCGAGCAGGUGUGAUAAAGAUCCUGCAGGAGGUCAAAGUGCCAACGUUUAUCCCUCGCUCAGGGGUGAAAAUCCACGUCUCUGAUCAGGAGCUGCAAAACAGCAAUUCCUCUGUCGUAACCGGUGAAAUCUCUCGACAUACAGAUGACUCCAAGUUGGAAGAACUGAAGUCUCAGUUGCCUACGCCAGAGGCGUUCCAGUUCAAACUCAGCCCCAUCGACUUUGAGAAGGACGACGAUACAAACUUCCACAUGGACUUUAUCGUGGCGGCAUCCAAUCUGAGAGCGGAGAACUACGACAUUCCACCUGCUGACAGACACAAGAGCAAACUGAUCGCUGGCAAGAUCAUUCCAGCUAUCGCCACUACUACAUCUGCAGUGGUCGGCCUCGUGUGCCUGGAGCUCUUCAAGAUUAUCCAAGGCCAUAAAAAACUGGAGACAUUCAAGAAUGGCUUCAUGAACUUGGCCCUGCCUUUCUUUGCCUUCUCCGAGCCCAUUGCUGCUCCCAAACACAAGUACUACGAGAUCGACUGGACUCUGUGGGAUCGCUUUGAGGUCAAAGGACUGCAGCCCAGUGGGGAAGAAAUGACACUCCGACAAUUCCUCGACUACUUUAAAAAUGAGCAUAAGUUGGAGAUCACCAUGCUAUCUCAGGGAGUGUCCAUGCUGUAUUCAUUUUUCAUGCCUGCUGCCAAACUUAAAGAGAGACUGGACCUACCGAUGACUGAGAUUGUGACGAAGGUGUCCAAAAAGAAGCUGGGCAAACACGUGAAAGCUCUGGUGUUUGAGCUGUGCUGUAACGACCAGUCGGAUGAAGACGUGGAAGUGCCCUAUGUCAGAUACACCAUCCGCUGAGCUGCACACCGAGCCCACCCACGGGAGUGCUGGAGUUGUGAGGGGGGGGUUAAGGGAUGGAGGGUGCUCUGAAGUG